UCGGACCAUUUUGUAAUGACUGUUCUAUACGAAUGGUUCCCUUGCAUAUUUAUAUCCUUUGAAUUGGACAGAAAAUGAGUAUUUGCGUAAAAUAUAUGUUGGAAAAGCAAUAUCGUUUAAAUCCUGUAUGCAUAAAAUGGGCGAUCUAAUUAUAGCUAAUCUGCCAGGAAAACCAAGGUUUCCUCAUUUGCUUAAAUCGUUAUCAGACUAAAAGAAAACAAUGAUUCACGUCAGGAAGAUUAAAGAUUUUAAUGUCUAACCUUAAUCCCUUGUGAUGAAAGGAUGUUACGCUACUAGACAAUGACAAUAAUAUAUGACAAAAAGCCAAUUAGCUGCUUUUUGUUUGAAUAGCAGUGGCGGGCUGCAUUACGCCUAACUACGGCGGAGGCUACAGGAAGUGAGGCAGGGAAAACGCUUUCAUUCCGAAAUAGUCCUUGUGACUACAGAAGAUAAGCCGAGCUUUGUGUAAAACUCUUUUCUCGGAGACUUUGCACUGGUUGCAUUGGUAAUGAGGUGAUGGGCGCGUUGGGAUGUCCUAGGCAACUCGCCGGUUGGCCGUGGCUUUUCGGACGGGCUGUCCGUACCAUCUCAGGAGGGGCGGAGGUAAAGCCACAUGAGAAGCUGUACCAUGUUUCUCCUUUUGGGGGCCGUCUGCGUGGAAACGUUUUCAGUUCACCUUCAAAGACACGCCGGUCUCCGUGGUGCUAGGAGGAUAGAUGCUCGCCUGUGAAACGUAUUUUUCUGUUCCCUUUCUGUGUGUUACCGUAGGAGCAUGGGCGGUCAAGUUGGUCAACCGUAAGCGAGAUGUUUACCGUAAAGACCAACUGACCACGAUUUAUUCCGUAAACAGAAGGCAAGAAACGUUGAGCUUCUACUUAUUUGACGGCUACCUGUUGACCGUUUAAAGGUUAUAUUUAAUACUGUUAGACGCCGUAACAUUCAUAUUAGAGUACACUUUAUAGUGGUGCUAAAUAACAGAGCAUCUAUGUCAGGAAAAUGUCCCUUCACACAGUUAAGGCUGCCAGUGGAUUUGACCUGACCGUUACAGUAACAUAGGCUAACAUUCCAGACAGACGAUGGAAGGAUGGUCAUCUGCAUCCUGAUUCUUCCAGCUACAUGUCAUGAACUAUGUGCACAAAACCACUGCAGAGAAUUCUGGGAAACGAUUUGCCGUUUGAGACGCGGUUCGUGGCUGGUGCAGGGGAAAUCCUGCUGACACGUGACCAGUCCAGUUCUGCACCUUUGAAGAGGAUUUAUUCACGUCAGAAGCUGUGUGAGCAUCGAGGGAAGAGGGUGAGAUGGAUGGACAUGAGCAGCAAAUGCAGAACUUUUCUUCUCACAGUUUCUGACUUAAGUUUUGGUGAACUCUUGAGAACCCACUUGGUACCGUGGCACCGGACCCAAAGUACUAAUCCGCUUGCACUUGGAAGUCAGGUCAUUUGCUUUUGACUCGCCUUCUCCAAUAGUGAACUGAGGAGUGAGAGGCUCAGCAGUGUGUCCCUGCCAUUCACCGGCUGCUACGCCCCUCUGCCUGAAUCCCCCUUUGCCUCCCAUCCACCGAUGAUCCAAGGCUGCCCCUAGAAUUCCUGAAACCUGAAUCCCUACUCGGCAGUCAGGAUGACGGAGGCGUGGCAGCAGCACGCUGUGGCCCCCCCCGUGGUGCACACCAUCCCACCGGGGGCAGAAAGCGCACUGGGCUGUGCCGUGUACGGCAUCGUCCUGCAGCCGGACCCCAGCCUCCAGCAGCAGCAGCAACACCAGCAGCCACAGCAGCACCAGCAGCAACAGGCGCCGCCCCAGCAGCAGCAUGCCGUCCAGGCGCAGCAGCCCUCCCUGCAGGUAGGGGGCGAUGGUGGGCACAAGUGCGGGGCCUGCGGCCACGACAUCUCGCACCUGGCCAAUCCGCAUGAGCACCAGUGCAUGGUGAGUCAGGACCGCUCCUUCCAGUGCACCCAGUGCCUUAAGAUCUUCCACCAGGCCACCGACUUGCUGGAGCACCAGUGCGUGCAGGUGGAGCAGAAGCCCUUCGUGUGUGGGGUCUGUAAGAUGGGCUUCUCCCUGCUCACCUCUCUGGCUGAGCACCACACGGCCCACAGCAGCGGCAACCCCAUGAAGUGCUCCAUCUGCGAGAAGACCUAUCGGCCCGGUUCCUCUGGCAACGCCACGCCCACACCCUCCGCCACCAACCCCCAGCAGCCGGCGGCUGAGGGCACCGCCUCCGGGGGAGGGGCUGCUGUGGGAGCCUCUGCGCCCACCGCCUUUGAGGCCUCGUCUCCUGACCGGCCCUACAAGUGCUCCGUGUGCCAGAAGGGCUUCCGGCACUUGUCGGAGCUGUCACGGCACGAGCGCGUGCACACGGGUGAGAAGCCGUACAAAUGCGACGCCUGCGACAAGAGCUUCAGCCAGUCGUCGCACCUGGCGCACCACCAGCGCACGCACAGUUCCGAGCGGCCUUACAAGUGUGCUGCUUGCGAGAAGAGCUUCAAGCACCGCUCGCACCUCGUGCGGCACAUGUAUGCUCACUCGGGAGAGCACCUCUUCAAGUGCAACCUGUGUGAGAUGCACUUCAAGGAGUCCUCGGAGCUGCUGCACCACCAGUGCCAGCCGGCUGGCGAGCGGCCUUUCCGCUGCGCCGCCUGCGGCAAGGGUUUCAAGCGGCCGUCGGACCUGCGGCAACACGAGCGCACACACUCGGAGGAGCGCCCCUUCCAGUGCGACGAGUGUCAGAUGAGCUUCAAGCAGCAGUACGCGCUAGUGCGCCACCGUCGCACGCACAAAGGUGCCGCGGACCGGCCCUUUAAGUGCAACCUCUGCGACAAGGGCUUCCUGCAGCCGUCUCAUCUGCUUUACCACCAGCACGUGCAUGGCAUGGACAGCCUGUUCAAGUGUGCCUCCUGCCAGAAGGGCUUCAGCCAAUCAGGAGAGCUCUUGCGCCACAAGUGCGGGGGGGCAGCCGCCGCUGCAGCUGCCGACCGGCCGUACAAAUGCGACGUGUGCGGCAAAGGCUACAAGAAGUCGUCGACGCUGCAGCGGCACCAGAACUCGCACUGCUCCGAGAAGCCGCUCAAGUGCUCGCUGUGCGACCGCCGUUUCCUCUCCUCAUCUGAGUUUGUGCAGCACCGCUGCGACCCGGCCCGCGAGAAGCCGCUCAAGUGCCCCGACUGCGAGAAACGCUUCAAGUACUCGUCGGACCUGCAGCGGCACCGGCGCGUGCACACGGGUGAGAAGCCUUUCAAGUGCCCCAGCUGCGACAAGGGUUUCAAGCAGCGGGAGCACUUGGCCAAGCACCAGAGCGUACAUGCCCGCGAAGCGCAGUUCAAAUGCGUGUGGUGCGGGGAGCGCUUUGGGGACCUGGGCGCCCUGCAGGAGCACACCGUGCAGCACACGGCCGAGGGUGGGGGCUACACCGUGCCCCCCUGCAUAUAGUGGCACCAGCUUUGCCCCCCACGCCUCCAUCCCCAUAAACUGCUCCACAUGCCCUCUCUUCAGUCUCGUGCAGAGGUGCCAGGGAUCAGCAACCAGUGUUCGGCGCCCAUAGCCCCCACCCCAUCCCCACGCCUCUGAAAUUAGCCACGGAUUUUCUCCAGGUGACGUGCGGCCGCGUGCCUGCUGGGGUGCAUGAGGUCACCCUCACAACUCGAAGGAAAAGUGCACCCCCCCCCCAUCCUCCCAAUUUUUAAACGCGUCAGUUGCUUUGUCGACUGGCUGGAGUCACCACACGGCAUCCUCUUCCAUCUGGCCCACGACUGCUCCAGACUGGCAUUCGGUUCCAGAACCGGGACUCGGGAUCUCCUCCCUCAACCCUGUGCCCCCCAGGGCAGAAUGCCCAUGCGCUCCCCAACGGUCUCACUCCCCCAUCAAUGGGCCCCUCUGGAGCUCUCUCCUGUACUCCCUGAGGCACCGUUCUGACACCUGAGGACUGGUACCCAUGUUUUUUUUGGUUGGUAAAGUGACUGAACUCUGACAUUUAGAUAAAAUUUGUUUAAAAUAUGAAAGGUGCAAGGGGAGGGACAAGAAACUGAAACAGGCAUUAGACGUGACUUUUUAAAGGGGACCUUCUGCCUUGGACCUUCACCUGGCCAAUUAUGAAGCUGGACCUGGACUCCUUACCGUGACACCAGGACCGGGGUACAGGGCAGAGUCAGUAAAGCCCACCCCUUCCAUCUCUGCCCCCCCCACGUCUCAGGGGAAGGCAGGGGGAUGGGGGGCGGAGCUGUCUGCGGACAUCUUUACGCACCAAUCGGAGCGACUCCGUCUCCCCGGAGUAACAGCUGUGGUCCUGGAACAACAUUUGAAAGUGUCAUAAAUAGUUGUGAAAUAUUACUGUCAUGUGCGUACACCC